ACUACGGUGUGGUGCACAGAGGAGAGGUGACGCGCUUUCUCACUCGCAGUAACAAGUUCCAGAGGAGCGACACUUGAGUGCGCUUUUCUACCCCGACCGGCCAGCGCUGCUCCACUGUUGUCUCCGAGAGCUCGGUUUCGCUUUGUCUCUUUUAAAGAUGUGUGCUCAAGAUUCUUUACACUUUGGUCGGUUAUGCCAACACGAAGUCGCUUUCUCGUAGACUUAACUUAGAGGGUUUUUUUUCUUCUAAAAAACAACAACAGAAAGAAAAAGAGAAAAUCAUCUUCGUAAAGUAUAGCCGACAAGACGUAGACCGACUUGCAGCUGGAGAGGAUAUGUGCGAGAAGCUGUCGGCGAAAGGCAUGGGCUGUCUUCGGUCCCAAAAGAAGAAGCAAAGAGGAUUUAACACGAAUUAAUGUGGAAUUUAUCAGAAUUCGAAGGUGGAACGACGACCGGACACAGCGCUUCCUCGUCAGGGACUGACUGAUCAUGGUCGCCGUGGUCCGCUCUCUCAUGGUACUGCUGCUUGCUCAGGUGUUGCUGGAAGGUGCUGCGGGACUUAUCCCCGAGGUUGGCCGGAGGAAGUACGGCGAAUCCGGGAAGCAAACCCCGGAGCAGUCGGAGAGCUUACUCAACGAGUUUGAGCUACGGCUUCUCAAUAUGUUCGGGCUGGGGCGCAGGCCGACCCCCAGCAAGCAAGCCGUGGUGCCGCAGUACAUGGUGGACCUGUACCACAUGCACUCUGCAAACGGAGACCACAGCUCCAAGCGACCCAAGAGCAUGGGGAAACACGCAGAGAGAGCCGCCAGCAAGGCCAACACGAUUAGAAGCUUUCACCAUGAAGAGUCUAUGGAGGCCCUGGCCAGCCUGAAAGGCAAAACAACCCAACAGUUCUACUUCAAUCUCACUUCUAUCCCUGCUGAGGAGCUCGUCACUUCCGCAGAGCUACGCAUUUACAGAGACCAAGUCAUUGCAACUGCGACCCCUAAUGCAAGCAGCACUGAGAGCGGCGUUCCCACUGGUGGCUUUCACCGUAUGAACAUUUAUGAGAUGUUCGGCGUUCCUGCCACUCCUGGCGCUGAUCCUCUUGUGCGUCUGCUGGACACUAGGCUAGUGCAGGACUCUUUAAGCCGCUGGGAGAGCUUUGAUGUGAGCCCUGCCAUAUCUCAGUGGACCUCAGGGAAAGGCCACAAUCAUGGAUUCUUAGUGGAGGUUCUUCACCCAGAGGAAGGAGGGGGAGCUGGUGAGCAUGCCCAAAGACGUGGUAGGCAUGUCCGGGUGAGCCGGUCCCUGCACCAAGACCAGGACUCGUGGUCUCAGGCACGGCCAUUGUUGGUGACAUACGGCCACGAUGGCCGUGGGGACUCAGUGCUCCACAGGCGGGAAAAAAGGCAGGCAGCACUCCGCAAACAACGCAGGAAGCAGCAGCACAAGGCAAUCUGCAAGAGGCAUGCCUUGUAUGUGGACUUCAGUGAUGUGGGAUGGAAUGAGUGGAUAGUGGCACCCCCUGGCUACCAUGCCUUUUAUUGCCAUGGGGAAUGCCCUUUCCCCUUAGCAGAUCACCUUAAUGCAACUAACCAUGCCAUUGUGCAGACACUUGUCAACUCAGUCAACUCAAACAUCCCCAGAGCUUGUUGUGUGCCCACUGAACUCAGCCCUAUUUCAUUGCUCUACCUGGAUGAGUACGAGAAAGUCAUUCUAAAAAACUAUCAAGACAUGGUGGUGGAGGGCUGCGGUUGCCGGUGAGAAACUGGUGGUUACGAUAGAGAAAGGGGGCAACUGAAAGUGAUAAGAGGCUGUUUAGAGACUUGGUUUCCCAAUGAAGAUGCUUAUUUAUAUGAAAUAAACAACACAGAGCUAUUGUGGAAGAAGAAAAAAAUCUAUAUAUGAAUAUAUUUAUGUCUACGUAAAGUUGGGAAAAAUAAAUAUUUUAAUCAAAGGAAUAUUCCUUUACUGGUUUUGAAAAUGUAUUUCCGAUGUACAUUUUGAAAUGGGUGCAAUACCACAUGAAGUAUAAUGCUCAGAUUUUUAUUUUGUAUUUAUUUCUAUUA